AUGGACAAUGUGAAUGUUCCAGAUACUUCCACAGUCGAAUUGGACAAGAAUAUGAGUAUGGAAGCAUGUGAGCAGAACAGUAUAUUGAAUGACAAGGACAAGACUUUUUACAUACGUGCUGAUGCAAUAGUGGCAGGUACUUUAUUCUGUAAGAAUUUCUUCAUCUAUCAUUCCAUAUGUUUUAUUUAUCGUGCAUUGACAAUAUCCAAGUAUAUUUUCCCUGUUUUCCCACUCUUUAGCAAGAUAUGCAAAGAAGUCAAAGAGGUUCCUUGCCAAAAAGGGGAUGUUGUUGAUUUUGGUAUUGCCAACUAUUGCAAUGAUAUUCAUUAUAUUUUCUGCACGUUGGUGUUCAAGGAGGAAGACAAAAACAUAGUGUGUAAAAGGGAAGCCAAAAAUGGUUACUGGCACAAAACAUGCUACUUCAAUCUAUGUUUUAAAGGAUCUCUGAGGCAAAUGAAGCAUGAUGACAGUAAAAUUCCACUGACCUCGCAUGAUGGGGAAAUGAACCAAGACCUGGCAUUUUUUGACGUAAACAGCAUAGUUGUUGCCACAGACAACUUUUCCAUUGCUAACAAGCUCGGCGAAGGUGGUUUUGGCUCAGUCUAUAAGGGACUCCUAGCUAAUGGACAAGAGGUUGCUGUGAAAAGGUUAUCAAUGGAUUCUGGACAAGGUUUAGAACAAUUUAAAAAUGAGGUUAUGGUGAUAGCAAACCUUCAGCACAGGAACCUGGUGAGGCUUUAUGGUUGCUGCAUCAACUCAGAAGAGAAGAUGCUGAUCUAUGAGUACCUGCCAAAAAAAAGCUUGGACUUUAUUCCGUAAAUAAUGUAACUAUAACUAUGCUUCAAGCACGCUAAAGGCGCAGCUUGUGAAUUGUAUCCUCAAAACUUUCUCACACAUGUCUGCAUUGUGGUGAUUACUGAGACCUCAAUUUGUCUUUUCUCACACAUUUAUUCAAGUAUCAAGAUUUCCUCUUUACACAUGUUUCCGAAACAAAAAAUCUAACGGAAUUUUCUGCUUAGUAACCUAGUGUUAAUUACUUUACUGCAGUAUUAUUAUGGAAACCAGUAUAGAGUCAACUGAAUAAGAUUAGUGAGGUGGUUUAACAUGUGUAUUUCAAAUGUCAAAUGUGUCGUAUAGAAUCAUACAUAGUACUUCCCCAAUGAGCAUUGGACUCUGCAACCUCAUGAACUCCAUCAGAUUGCUCAUCUUUCUUCUCCUCCAAUUCCACAGUGGCACAUCCUCCGACACCAUUGCUCUGAACCACCGCAUCAGAGACGGCGACGUUUUGUCUCCGCCGGAGAAAGAUUUAAACUUGGAGUUUGGUACAACAAUGUGCCCACCCAAACCAUCGUCUGGGUCGCAAACAGAGACAACCCAGUUCAUGAUAGCUCUGGAAUUCUAUCCAUUCAUGGAAUUGAGGCCUUGUGAUAUCCGGAAAGGACCAAAGCACCCCUCUUUCGUGGCGGACCGGAGUCUGAUCUCGGACCGGGCUGAGAUAUAGUGGUACGGGGAAUUGAUCGACAUAAGAACGGUUCUAGAUGCCGGUCUAGAUUUGUAUGUACGGGUUAAUAGAACAUGGAUCAAAGAUGCU